CCCCGCCUUUCUCGCCGCUGCUUUCCCUGGGCGAGCGGCUGCCGCUGGCCGCGCCGCGUUGCAGGCGAGGAAGGGGGAUCCAACAGGUCGCCUGCCCGGGCGGAGGUGCCCCGGUCCCCGGGAAAAGGCCCGCUCCCCAGCCAGCCAGCCGACCAGCCAGCCCGCCCGGGGUGCGCGAUGCGGCGUCUCUCGCGGCUCCUGAGCCUCCUGCCUUGUCCGUCCCGCAGGCCAAAAUCCUGAGCAUGAUGGAGGGCAACCAGCAGCUGGCCCUGCGCAUCGACGGAGCCCUCCAGGCGGCCGGCCAGGAGGUGAGCGCCUUGCGAGCCGAGCUGACAGCCACCAGCCGGAGACUGGCCGAGCUCAGCGCCUGCUCCGGCGCCGGAGGAGGAGGCGGAGGAGGAGGAGGCAGCGGCAGCAGCAGCAACAGCAGCCCCAACGCCACGGAGAUGGCCGCGGCCGGCGGCGCCAUGGAGAACAGCCAGCCCAGCCUGCAAGUGCUUCUCCGGGAAGAGGUGUCCCAGCUUCAAGAGGAGGUUCACUUGCUCCGGCAGAUGAAGGAAAUGCUAACGAAAGACCUGGAGGAAACCCACGGCGGCAAGUCGACGGAGAUCCUCUCGGCCACCGAGCUCAAGGUCCAGCUGGCGCAGAAAGAGCAGGAGCUCGCUAGAGCCAAAGAAGCCCUCCAAGCCAUGAAAGCUGAUCGGAAGCGUUUGAAGGGGGAGAAGACCGACCUGGUGAGUCAGAUGCAGCAGCUCUACGCCACCCUGGAAAGCCGGGAAGAGCAGCUACGGGACUUCAUCAGGAACUACGAGCAGCACAGAAAAGAAAGCGAAGAUGCGGUCAAAGCUCUUGCGAAAGAGAAAGAUCUGCUGGAGCGGGAGAAGUGGGAGUUACGCCGGCAAGCCAAAGAUGCCACGGACCAUGCCAGUGCUCUUCGGUCGCAGCUGGACCUGAAAGACAACCGAAUGAAGGAACUGGAAGCUGAGCUAGCCAUGGCAAAACAGUCCUUAGCAACGCUGACCAAGGAUGUACCCAAGCGGCAUUCUUUAGCCAUGCCCGGGGAGACGGUGCUCAACGGAAAUCAGGAAUGGGUGAUGCAGGCCGACCUCCCGCUGACGGCUGCCAUCCGACAGAGCCAGCAGACGCUGUACCAUGCCCACCCCCAGCACACGGUAGACCGUCAAGCGGUCCGCGUGAGCCCGUGUCAUUCCCGACAGCCUUCCAUCAUCUCUGAUGCGUCGGCAGCAGAAGGCGACCGGUCGUCCACGCCGAGCGACAUCAACUCCCCGCGGCACCGAACGCACUCCCUCUGCAAUGGAGAUAGUCCUGGACCAGUACAGAAAAACUUGCACAACCCAAUUGUCCAGUCUCUAGAGGACCUCGAAGACCAAAAACGGAAAAAGAAGAAAGAGAAAAUGGGCUUCGGAUCCAUCUCCCGCGUCUUUGCCAGAGGGAAGCAACGGAAAUCGCUCGACCCCGGGCUCUUCGAUGGUACCGCCCCCGAUUACUAUAUCGAGGAGGACGCCGACUGGUGACGGCCUGCCUCUCCCGCUCCCGCUUCUGGUGUGCGUGCGUGUGUGGGAGUGUCUGUGUGCGCAAGCAAAAAAAAGCCUCUAACCGAACCCAGCGGAUCGUGAGCCCGUGGCCUCUAAUGUAACCCGCUGUACAUAAACCCCCAGCGAUCCCCUGUGUGAACCCCCUGCCCCGCCCCCAUUAACUGUUGUCUAUGGAGCGAUGCCAGUCGUGUUGUGUGACCUUCCCUGGUUCUGUUCUGGGGUGUGCUUUCUUUUUUAUUUGUUUUGUUUCUCCCUGCCCCCCGCCUCCUCCGACCCUGCUUUCCCCGCAUUUCUUUUUUACUCUUCUUUUUCCUCUUCGUCCCCCCCUCCCCCUUUUUUUUACGAAACUUGAAAAACUUGAAGGACUGCUGUGUAUCUGUAAAUAACAACGACGACGAGGAAUAUUGUGCACUGUGUGCUUGUAAAUGUCUCCUGUCCCCCAAAAAGCUGUUCUCUCCCCCCUCCCCCCUUUUUUAUUGCAUCCCACCCUGAGAUGACGUCUGCGUCUCGUGUGUUUUUGCCAAGAUGGCUGCCGAAAGGGAGAAUUGGUGUGUCCUGUUCUCGUGGGGCGGACGCGCUAUCUCAUGGCGAGCCAGCAGUUCAGAAGUGUGUUUGCAGCAGGGAUGGGCAACAGCCUUGUCUUAUGGGCAAGAGAUCCAGCCACCAAGUCAAGCUUGUUGGGCUAGACUGGAGAGGAAGACCACUCUGUUGCAUGAAAGCUUUCCCCCCAAAAUCCAAAUGGCAGGUGUGGGACCCCCAGUCUGGAUUGAGACCUUGGUGUGGAAUAGCUUUUUGCUCUCCUUGCAGUCCUGCUCCAAUGCAAGUAGGAGAUGCCAGACACUGAUUUGGAUUGGGUCCACAGCAAGCAGGUGGGGGUGAUGAAUUGAAUCCCAAACCCCUCCCACCAGGGUUCUGGUCCAGCCUGCAGACACCACCUCCCAUUCUUGUAAUGGUUGGAUAUGUGGAUGGCGUCCCCUCUGCUUUGAUCACUUUUGAAACCUCCUACUGAAUUUAAGCCAAGGGGUUGUAUCCCUACUCAGAGGAGACCUGUUGAGAUUAAGGGACCUAACAGAGUCAUGUCCAUUAAUUUCCAUGGUCUGCUUUGAGUAGGUGUUAUACUGAAUGCCAUCCCUAAGGUAAAGGGAAUUUCUGUGCUGCCAUAUGGAGUUCCCUAAGACUGGAGAAGUUGGCCAUCCCUGCUCUUGCACAAUCGUAUCGCCAGAGAAAUCUCACCGUGAGGCAAGGAGUCCCUGUCGGCAAUAGGUUGCCUCCUCUUAUAAAUAUGUCGCUCUUGAGGUGGUGAAACCAGGGCUGUACCUAUAGGAAGAGAGGCUGUGAGGACCAGCCACACUUUCAGAAUACUGGAGGACGCGUCCCAGUGCUAUUUUUCUAGAAAAAGAGGUGCCGGAGCUCACCAUGAAAUUCUCCAAUGGCGCAAUGGCACCCACCUGAGAGUUGCUGGAGCUGAGCUCCAGUGAGCUCCGGCUGAAAACAAGACCCUGCCAUUUCCUAAAUGUGCAGUGUUAGUUUUAAAAAUGUACGUUUCUAGUCCUUUUAGUUGUGAAGAUAUCAGGAAAACCAGGAAGAGGAGGUGCUAUCCUGUCACUCACUGCAGACAUUGCUGCCUUCCAUUGAAAGCAAAGAGAUGGUAAAGGUAAAGGUACCCCUGACCAUUAGGUCCAGU